CUUCCGCUUCCGGUGCGGGCCGCGCGCGAGCGCAGCGGUGGGAGGCGGCGACGAGCCGGUUGAGGCCCCACGCUCGGCCUCACCACGAUGUGGCACGAGGCUCGGAAGCAUGAGCGCAAGCUUCGAGGCAUGAUGGUUGACUACAAGAAGAGGGCAGAGCGGCGGCGGGAGUACUAUGAAAAGAUUAAGAAGGACCCAGCCCAGUUCCUGCAAGUGCACGGCCGAGCUUGCAAGGUGCACCUGGAUUCUGCCGUCGCCCUGGCCGCCGAGAGCCCCGUUAACAUGAUGCCCUGGCAGGGAGACACCAACAACAUGAUUGACCGCUUUGAUGUCCGUGCCCACCUUGACUACAUCCCCGACUACACCCCCCCGCUGCUCACCACCAUCUCCCCAGAACAGGAGUCGGACGAGCGGAAAUGUAACUACGAGCGCUACCGAGGCCUGGUGCAGAACGACUUUGCUGGCAUCUCCGAGGAGCAGUGCCUGUACCAGAUCUACAUUGACGAGUUGUAUGGAGGCCUCCAGAGACCCAGUGAGGAUGAGAAGAAGAAGCUGGCGGAGAAGAAGGCUUCCAUUGGCUACACCUACGAGGACAGCACCGUGGCCGAGGUGGAGAAGGUGGCGGAGAAGCCAGAGGAGGAGGAGUCGCCAGCUGAGGAGGAGAGCAACUCGGACGAAGAUGAGGUCAUCCCCGACAUCGACGUGGAGGUGGACGUGGACGAACUGAACCAGGAGCAGGUGGCAGAUCUCAACAAACAGGCCACGACCUAUGGCAUGGCCGACGGUGACUUUGUCAGGAUGCUCCGGAAGGACAAGGAGGAGGCGGAGGCGAUCAAACAUGCCAAGGCUCUUGAGGAAGAGAAGGCCAUGUAUUCGGGCCGUCGCUCCCGGCGCCAGCGGAGGGAGUUCCGGGAAAAGCGACUAAGGGGCCGCAAGAUCAGCCCACCCAGCUACGCCCGCCGAGACAGCCCCACCUACGACCCCUAUAAGCGGUCACCCUCAGAGUCCAGCUCCGAGUCCCGCUCCCGCUCCCGCUCCCCGACCCCAGGCCGUGAGGAGAAGAUCACGUUCAUCACCAGUUUUGGGGGCAGCGAUGAGGAGGCAGCCGCAGCAGCGGCUGCAGCAGCCGCAUCAGGGGCCACCACAGGGAAGCCCCCCGCGCCCCCCCAGCCCGGCGGCCCCGCACCGGGACGUAAUGCCAGCGCCCGCCGCCGCUCCUCCUCCUCCUCCUCCUCCUCUUCUUCUGCCUCGAGGACCUCCAGCUCCCGCUCCAGUUCCCGCUCCAGCUCCCGCUCCCGCCGUGGCGGGGGCUACUACCGUUCUGGCCGCCACGCACGCUCCCGCUCCCGGUCCUGGUCCCGCUCCCGGUCCCGCUCGCGGCGCUAUUCUCGGUCCCGUAGCCGUGGCCGGCGGCACUCAGGUGGGGGCUCCCGAGACGGACACCGGUACUCCCGUUCACCCGCCCGGCGUGGUGGUUACGGGCCCCGGCGCAGAAGCAGGAGCCGCUCCCGCUCCGGGGACCGGUACAGGCGGGGCGGCCGGGGCCCCCGGCACCGCAGCAGCAGCCGCAGCCGCAGCAGCUGGUCCCUCAGCCCGUCCCGCAGUCGCAGCCUGACUCGGAGCCGCAGCCCCAGCCAGAGCCGCAGCCGCAGCCAGAGCCGCAGCCGCAGCCGCAGCCAGAGCCACUCGCCAUCGCCCCCAAGGGAGAAGCUGACCAGGCCGGCGGCGUCCCCUGCUGUGGGCGAGAAGCUGAAAAAGACCGAACCUGCCGCUGGUAAAGAGACAGGAGCUGCCAAAGUCAGUAAGAAUUUGGAACUCGCCCGUCUAAUUCCCGCCAGCAGCAGUGCCCGAGAGCUGGGCCCGGUGGGCCUGCAGGGGGGGCCCGGGGGGGGGUCGGGAGAUCCAGCCCUGGGGUUGAAGGGAGCUGGGAAUGCUCUGCCCCGUGAGAUCUGCGUCCCCCUCCCCUCCUCGCUGUCCAGCGGGGCUCCAGCCGUCCCCAGGCUUCCCAGGCCCUUGUGGCGGGCAUCUGCGGCCUGUCCCUCCUCCCCACGCGCCCCCGCAAGACCCAGGCUCUUGGAUGAGGUAGGUUGUUGGAGCUCCGGACACCCACCCCCUCUCCCGCCUCUUCUCCCCCUUCCCCAGCCCAAGCUGACGCCACAGGAGAAGCUGAAGCUGAGGAUGCAGAAAGCACUGAACAGGCAGUUCAAGGCGGAUAAGAAGGCAGCGCAGGAGAAGAUGAUACAGCAGGAGCAUGAGCGCCAGGAGCGGGAAGACGAGCUUCGAGCCAUGGCCCGCAAGAUCCGCAUGAAGACGGCAGCAGUACCUGCCCUUGGGUUUACCCUGCCCUUGGACUGGGAUGUUGGAAGCACCUGCCCCGGGCAGGCAACCCAGCCCGCCCUCAAGUUCAGCAUUCUCUCCGCGUGCUCAUGCCUUCCCCUGGGUCGCCUCCCUUUCUCUGCAGGGAGCGGGAACGCAGAGAGAAGGAGAGAGAAGAAUGGGAACGUCAGUACAGCCGGCAGAGCCGCUCACCCUCCCCCCGUUACAGUCGGGAAUACAGCUCUUCCCGAAGGUAAGCAAGCCAGCCCCGCUCCCUGGAACAUGACGUCCCUGCCUCGAUUCUCCAUUCCCUCUCUGUACCCCUCUGCGUGUGGAGGCUGGCCUGGUCCCGUUAGCGUCCCUCCCUCCCUCCGCAGCUCGCUCCUGGUCACGGGUGCGUGUGCAUGCAGUGUGGCUGCUUCACCCAGCCCUCACGGGGUCCCUCCUUUCUCUCUCCAGGCGCUCAAGGUCGCGAUCUCGAAGUCCCCAUUACCGACAUUAGGCAGAAGUGUGGGGGACUGGGGGGUGGGGUGAGGGCUCAGGCUGUGAUGCUGCUGGUUUUAUCUCUAAUGAAAUAAAAUCACUCGCUAUUUAAUUCCCUUUA